UGGACAAGCCCAACAAUAACACACACAAAAAAAUAAUAAUAAUAAAAUAAAACCAAAAAAAAAUGACCAGAAAAAGGAGGUAUCUCACUCUAUGGCGAAUUCACUGAGAUCAAUCCUUUCUUCUAUCGAUCCAGAUCCUUUUCAAUUAAGGGUUUUGUAUAUUAUAAAUGGGGGAUAAUUUGCAACAGAAUGGAAUGAAUCUUGACCUUAAUUUAGCCCCCGAUGUUCAUUUUUCUCGAAAUGAUCAGCUACAUACAAUGAGUUUUGAAGAUUGGCUACUUGGAUCAAUGAGAGAAGUCGUUUCCAAUCGUGCUGCUUCUAGGCAGCCUCUACUGCCAGUUUCGAGACUUAUUCCUUUUCCAGUGAAUACUGGAAGCACGGGUCUCCUGUUGGCAGGUGGUAGUACUGGUGAUGAUGAAACGUCUUCUGGGGUGGUCAGCACGAACGGAUAUGGUGAUAAGAAGGAUGUCGAGAAGGAUAAUGGAGAUGAAGGUGGCUUCUUUGAUUGUAAUAUUUGUUUGGAUUUAGCUACUGAACCUGUUGUGACUUGUUGUGGUCACUUGUUUUGUUGGCCCUGUCUUUACCGAUGGUUGUUUGUUCAUUCUGAUGCAAAAGAGUGUCCUAAUUGUAAAGGAGAAGUAACCAUGAAAACUAUAACUCCUAUAUACUGUCGUGGAAACGCCACACUUGUAAGUAAGGUAGUAGAUUCAAGCUCAAGUGUUAAGAUUCCAAGCAGGCCGCAAGCAAAUAGAAUUGAAAGUUGGAGACAAGUGUUUCAAAGAAAUGCAGUAAAUAUGCCGGUGUUUGAUAUGAUUCGACGACUUGAUAAUAGAUUUGAUCUUACCCGGGAUCCAAUUUCUGACAAUCCACAAGAAAGCCCAACUACCCCGUUGCUAAAUAGGAUUUUCACUUCCAGAGGGAUUAGAAGUGGACGACGAGAUACAGAACCUUAUGCCUCACCAGAUACUGAAGUGGACUUGCCAAAUCAAGAUGAUACUAUCCCUAAUCUUACAUCUGCAGAAAGUUUUGUCGAGUCUUAUUUUCGUGACCGCCCUGAUGAAAGGAAUCAAGAAGAGCUUUCAUUGGUUGAUAGACAUUCGAUGUCGAGCAUUGCUGGUAUGUUGCAGUCUGAUAGCCAGACCGCUGAAGCAGAAUCAAGGGCCUCUGUUUCUGCGACUUCAAGGAGAAGAAAUGAAUCCUCAACGUCUAGAAUUUCAGAUGUAGAUAGUGGAAGUUCUCGCUCUAGGAGGAGGAGAUUACGUUAGAGAAACUCAAUGGAGAUUUCAGUAACGCUGAGUUUAUGGUACAAAAUAUCUAUGAUAUACAUUAGGUUUCUGCAAUUGACUCUUAAAGACUCGGCUGCUCGAGUCUGAGUGAUUUUCUUGUUACAAAGUGUCUUUUGUACACAGUUCUUUUUCUGCAAAUAGAUGCGUUUAAAAGACUUGGGUUCUUGAGACUUGAGAGUGUUAUGCAAUUAGAUGCUCAUAUUAUUCUGCUC